GCGGCUCCUUGCCGAGACUGAGUCCGCCUGCUGCCCGCAGACGCUCGGCUCGGAGCGAUCGGGGAUCCGAGUGUUGCCGAGUCGGAGCUCCGGCACAGGGGCACUGCAAGCUGCGGCGGCGGCGGCGGCGGCGGUGGUGGGCUGGCUGGACAGCGCGGGCAUUUCGACCGCGGAACCAGAGCCACACUGCGGCAGCAAGCGGCGGCGUGGAUGUGACCAGACGAGACGGGGCAGCUCAGUUCACAGGAUGUGGCCAGCGGUGGCAACGUCAGUGACUGUUCCCAAUCUCUAGUUAUCCUUCAAUUGGAGUCUGGAGUCACGUAUAACAGAAUACCAGCUCUUCAGGACGUGGGAUAUCUAUUAAGAAAGAGAAUCUCAUGAGAUUUGCAGUGGUUUCCAUCUGCUGGGUUCGAGAAACGUGGUGAUGUCAGCGGCAGAAAGGAGCUGCGGGCGCAAGGGCAUGGAGACGGACAUCGCUGGAGAUCCUCAGCAGGAAGACCUGGCUCUGCAAGUGGCUGCCGUGCAGGUCUCCGAGGAAUCUGCUUCCGCCAACAUGGACAGUGGCAAGCAGCCCUCGGAAGUCAAGGAUCUGGGCCGAGCAAAGGAGGGAGAAGAUGCUCAAACAAACGGAGUGGGUCACCCCGCUGAGGACUCUGCCAGCACCCACGGGAGCGCGUGCAGCGUGGCAAAGAAAGGAGGCCCGAGGCCCAAGCUCUCCAACAGGAAGCUGUCACUGCAAGAACGUUCCUCCGGAAACAGCCUCUCUGCCCGUGGGGACCUACCCAGCUAUGGUCACUACGCAACAGGACCACCGUCGUCAGGCAGGCGGCCAACGUCUGAUUCCAGCCGGGUCAAUAUGGGUGACUCCCAGGACUUUAUGCGUUUGAACCAAUACCAGCUGAAGACUGAAAUUGGAAAGGGAUCCUAUGGCGUGGUGAAGUUGGCGUACAAUGAAAAUGACGACAAGCAUUACGCCAUGAAGGUACUUUCCAAAAAGAGGCUGAUGAAACAGCAAGGAUUUCCGCGUCGCCCCCCUCCUCGGGGAUCAAAGCCCCCAUCUGGAGAGCAGCCCAAGGCUCCAGCGCCCCUGGAGCGGGUCUACCAGGAGAUAGCCAUACUGAAGAAACUUGACCAUCCCAACAUAGUGAAACUAAUGGAGGUUCUGGAUGACCCCACUGAAGAUAAUCUACACAUGGUAUUCGAGCUGAUGAGCAAAGGCCCUGUGAUGGAGGUGCCGUCCGACAAUCCAUUCUCGGAGAAACAGGCUCAUUUCUACUUCAGAGAUAUCAUCUUGGGCAUUGAAUAUUUACACUACCAGAAGAUCAUCCACCGAGAUAUCAAACCCUCAAACCUGCUGCUGGGGGAUAACGGUCACAUUAAGAUUGCCGACUUCGGAGUGAGUAACCAGUUUGAAGGGAACGAUGCCUUGUUGUCCAGCACGGCGGGGACCCCAGCGUUCAUGGCACCGGAGAUGCUGUCUGAAGCCCGGAAGAGCUUUCACGGGAAGGCUCUGGAUGUCUGGGCUAUUGGAGUGACCUUGUACUGCCUGGUCUAUGGCAAGUGUCCGUUUAUGGAUGACUUCAUCCUAACACUUCAUACCAAGAUCAGAAACCGGCCUGUUGAGUUCCCAGAACGACCAGAACUCAGUGAGGAACUGAAGAACCUGCUUCUCCAGAUGUUGGAUAAAAACCCUGACACGAGGACUACAAUUCCUCUGAUAAAGGAUCAUCUGUGGGUGACGAGGAAUGGGACGGAGCCUCUACCACUGGAGGAGGAGCAUUGCAUUGAGGUGGAGGUCACUGAGGAGGAGGUGAUGAACUCUGUCAAGUUGAUCUCCAGCCUCUCCACUGUGAUCCUGGUGAAGUCCAUGCUCAGGAAGCGAUCCUUUGGAAACCCUUUUGAGUUCCCGAGCAGGAAAGAGGGAAGGUCCAUGUCGGCACCGGGAAACCUCCUCAUGGACAAGAGUUUAUUUCAGUAUUCCUCAAAAAGGCACCCUUCAUUAAGGAAGCAGGCGAGCGGGGAUGGAGGCAAGGGAAGCGAGCUGCCGGACGUGUGGGAGGAUGAAGCCAACUCCUGAGCUGCCCCGAUCCCGUGCAUGCUGCCUUCGGUUCGUCGCACACUCCUGUCAGACCCGUCUUCACUCAUCAUCCCACGCGGCCAUCAUGGACUAGAGGUGUGUCAGCCGCCAAGUGUGAACACAGCGGGUGGGCGGGGCAGGCAUUGAAGCGACCCCUGACCCCUAACCCCCCACCCCACUCGAGCAGCCUCGCUGGACGAGGGGACAGCCCGCGGGCGGUGGAGUGGAGGAUGUCGUGUGCGUCCAGCGCAGGUCCAGGCCUAGCCCCUUUCUUCUCCCCCUCUAUUGACUACUUGGACCCCCAGCGCAAGACCACCUCACCUGCACGGCUCCCCAGGGAGGGGAUGAGCCCGUUCCCUCAGAGCAGCUGCAGUCUGAAGAAGGAUCCCCACCCGAAGCGUCAUCUGUCAACUCCCUCCACAGAGGCUGCCUGACCCGCUGGGUUCCUCCACCACUCUGUGCUUUGCUCCAGAUUCUAGCACCUGCGGUUCCUGGUGUCUCCACUGGUUUCGGGAGCUGGCUGACUGAUGUUGGGUGGGGAGGGUUACAGUGGACGGGGAUGUUGAGGUCAGGCAACCAGGUACCUGCGGAUAGAUACCAAACUGUUAUUGCUCUUCAGUGAGCAGAACUCUGCAUCGAGUGGUGACGCUCUGGGUCAACAGGCCCAGCACCUGUUUGAUUUUGCUUCAAUUGUAUUGAUAUGCCUUUUAUCAAAUUGUUCAGCCGAUGAAUGUAAUGGAUAAGUUAGCAACCUAAAUGACUUGGAUGAUUCACAGCUUGGUUUGAAUCUUGCCGAUGGGAUCAGGUUACAGCCCCAGUUGUGGGUCGAAGGGGGAGAUAAAUCUCUACAGCCUCACUGGGGAUGGGCACAGGACAUAAACCCACUGUGCAGCACAGGAAUAGGCCCGACGGCCCACAGAGUCUGUGCCGAAUACGAUGCCAAGAUAUACUGAUCUUCUCUGCCUGCAUGUGAAUCAAUUCCCUCCAUUC